AUGACAUAAAAUUCGCUAUCUAGUAAAGAAAAUUUCCUUCCAGAAGACAUUUAAUAAGCUACUAUAGUUUCUUCAGAAAUAAAAGAUUAAAAAGAUUAAAUCAAUCUUAAAACUUUAUCAUCUACUAAAAUUAAUGAAAAGUAGCAGACAGCUGUUUAAUCUAUUCAAUCUGAAUCUUCGCGCUUAGAAGAUAAGUCAUUUAGUUUUCAUAGAAGAUUAAGAAUGCAAAAUACUUUUCGAGCAGAACGAGUAAGAGAUUAAUUUAAAUCUCUUGAUGUAAAAAAAAUAGCAGAAUAAUAUACUAGAUAAAAUGUAAAAGUAUCUUCUCUUUCCAUACCAGAGUAUAUUGAAGUAGUAAAUGAAUCAGCAUAAUCAAAAAUUGAACCUAUUCAUUUUUUACCUCCUAUAAUUUCUACAAAAUUAAAUUAGUUUAGUCUUAAAAGAGAUAAUUAUAAUAAUGGAAAUCUAAACGGUAACAAUUAGUUGAAUGAUAGAGACUUUUCUAAUUUUGGAAGAAAAAAUAACUCAUCUAACUUUGUAAACGAUGAUGAAAUAAAAUAUAUUCAUUCAAAUAUUGUAGAUUUUCUUGAUACUUCUCUCUAAAUGUCAAAACAAAAUUGGAAUCAAUACAAAAAUAGUUUAUUUAAUAAAAAAAACAAAAGUAGAAGUUUAUAGCCAUCUCCUUAGGCUAAUAAAAAUAAUUAAAGUAGAAAUAUAAUGCUCAACUCUUUUACCACAUAACUUGCAAAAAAAUAAAUUUUAUAAUUACAGCUUUAGCACAAUAAAAAUUAAUUUGAGUAAGCAAAAUAAUAUAACAUGAGUGCAAUAAAAGAAAGAUUUAAUACAGACAUAUAAGUAGCUCAACAACACAAAAAAAAAUUGGAGUCUUAGCCAAAAAUAAUCAGUUAUCCUUCUAGAGGAAGGAUAUUAGAAAAUAUGAUGCAUAUUUAAAUUGUCAAAUAAAUACACGAAAUGUCUGGAAAUGAUCUUUCAACUACUAUUUUAUAAAACAAUAAUGACAAUAAAGAUUAACUUUUCAAAAAUGAACCAAAGUUAAGUAUGAUGAAAGUUUAAUAUAAAGGAUUUUGGUUAGAUAAUGAGCAAAAGGGUUGGAAACCUCCAGCUAGAGAAACAACAAGUUGCACAUAGUAUGGAGAAAAAUGUUAUUUAUAUGGAGGAUUAGGAAUGGAGGUCUUAAAUGAUUUGUGCUUAUUUAAUAUUUAGUAAAAUGAGUGGUAACCUUUACAAUAGAGAGGUGAAUAUCCAAAAGAUGGAAGAUUUGGCCAUAGUUUAGAUAUUUAUAAAAAAUAAUUAAUUAUGUUUGGAGGUGAAAAAAAAUGUGCACCUACAUCUAAGUUAAAAGAGUUAGUAAAUGAAGUUAGAGUUAUGAAUUUAGAAACUUUAGAAUGGAAGAUUUUGAGAAACUCAGGAGAUAUGAUUGAGUCUAGAAGAGAUCAUGUAAGUUCUGUUGUAGGAAAGAACCUCUUGAUUCAUGGAGGGAUUUCCUAAAAAAGCUACUGUAAUGAUAUGUUUCAUCUUGAUUUGUAGCAUAAUAGAUGGUAAGAAGCAAGUUGCAUCAAUCUUUAAAAAAUAUUUCCAGAAGGAAUUGCUCAUCACAAAGCGAUACCUAUUUACUUUUUUGAAAGAAAAAACAUUCAACUAUACAAAUCCUUAGAAGAUAAAAAUGCUGAUAAGUUAAGUAGAAUUAAAGAAGAAGGAGUAUAUUUCUUUGGUGGAGUUAAUUAAUCUGGGGUUACUAAUAAUAGAUUAGCCAUAUUAAAAACUGAUUCAAAACCAAUGUACUUUAUUAUACCAGAAACUUUUGGAGAACCCCCUAAGCCGAGAUGCAAGCAUAGCAUGGUGUAUUAAGAAUAGAUGGAGUGGAUUAUUAUUUAUGGUGGAAUUAAUGAAAAUAGUAAUUAUGGAUAUUUAAAUGACAUGUAUAUGUUAAAGUUAGAUACAUUAAUAUGGAGAGAAAUAACUUUUUAUGGCCAAAAUUCAAUAGGGAGAUGUGGACACCUUAGCUUGUAGUAUGGAUCAACAGUAUUAAUUUUUGGAGGUUUAGGAGAUAAUGGUAUUUAUUCUUUAAAUGCAAGAAUUGUUGAACUAGACCAAAAAAACGUUUUAAGGUAUGCUUAAGAUGAAAUCAAAAUGGUAGAGUUAAAGAACAAAAAGAGAGCCAAUUAAUUUGUAGAUAAAAAUUUGUAGGGAAAUAUUGUAAAAAUUAAAUAAGAUUUGAGUUAAACCGAGUAAGCAAUGUAGCUACAAAUACAAAUCUUAGAAAAUCAUAAAGAAAGUGUGGCUAAGCUUAUGAAAAAAUUGCAAUUUAAAAGUUAAAACUAAUUUUUACCUGCACCAAAUGCAAUUAGUGAUAUUAGUCAUGUUACAAAUCUUUUAAUAUAUCAAAACACUGAGUAAAAUGAAGAAAAAAUAAAAAAAAAAGAGCUUAUAAAUUAGUAAGCAGAAAAAUUUAAUGAAUCAGAUGAUCAUUUAAAUGAAACUUUAAAAAACACAUAAGACAAUUUCUUUAGAAAGGAAAGCCAACGAAGUCCUUCAAGUCAUAUCUCCAAUUUUAGAAAAAAAGUUAAAACUUUAAUUACCGUUUCUAAGCUAAAUAAAUAAAAUAGUGGAAAUAAUUUUUUAGAUUCACCUUUAACAAAUAAAAGCUCUUAAUCAUUAAAUAGCAAAUAAUAAGAUUAAUCCUCACUGUUUGAUUAACAUUCAAGUGGAUAACAGAGUCCCCUAAGUUCUUUAUUUAGAAACAGUGCCAAUUUUUCUUAAAAAGCUUAAGAUGCAAUAAAAAAGACACUUUCAAAAACUAAAAUCAGAAGAUCUUAGACAAUAUUACCUAAAGAUUUUGCAUCUUGA